AUGCCACGUAUCAUAUUAAGUUGGAUACUUUUAAUAUGGAUCACGUGUGCUUUCUUAUCAAUUGUGAUAAAUAUCACCAGUUUUCUUAGUCCACAUUGGUUAAUUCGUAUUGAAACACCAGAGACACGUCGUUUAACAGCAUGUCCGCACGAUAUUAUCUUCAAUGAUGACACUGAUGAGGAUAUGCAUAAUGAUAAUAGUGAUAAUAACAAUGACAACAAAAAGAAGAAUGAUCUUAAACGACAUUCCUUUUCAAAAAGGUAUAAUAAGUCAGUUAAACAAAUGAUAAGAUUAAUUCCACCAUCUAUUGGACCAUGGCUUCGGUGUCAAAGUACUUGUUCUAAUUUACUAGAUUAUAAUCUGUUGAAUUGGGAGCUAUUCGAUGGUACAUUAUUGAAAUGUCAGUUAUCUAUGUGGGGUUUCGGUGCUAGACCGGCUAAAGCCAAUCAAAUCAUAUGGUUAACUGGAUUAGUUAGUAUGACUGGAUGUUGUUUAUUAUGUAUAUCAUUAUUCUUUAUUGUACUUACACUAUGUAAACGAGAAAUAUGUGAUCAUAGUGUAUUCAGUUGGACGGGAUCAUUACUUGGUAGCGCUGCACAGAUAUUUAUCAGGCAGAAAUCAGAUAUCAGCUUCUUGUCAACAUUUCAGUUAUUCUAGACUAUGUAAUGACAAGUGUCUAUAGAUAAAUUCACCAAGAUUACUUCAAGCACAAUGACAGUAAAUUUCAAACAAUCAUAAUAAUGAUGAUAAUAAUAAUAAUAUCGAGAUAUUUUCAUGUUUCAAAGUGCUGUAGGAGUCCAUACAAGCUGGAAAUACUUAUCCUUAGGAGAUUGAUUUAGACUGUUCACAAAAAUGACUUUACCUAUUUCUUCUUCCACCAUUAGAGUAUACUGCAGUUAAUUUUGAACAAAAGCUGUCUGUGUCUGACUACUACCAUAUUCGUAGAUUUGUUCUACUUUUGUGGCAAUACUAUGUAACCAAAUGCCAGGUCAAGUG